CUUCUUCUUCUCUCUCUCUACCUCCUUCUUCUUCAUCUCUCUUUGCUUCACUCAGAAACCCUAGCUUUCUUCAUCAUCCAUGGCCACCACUCCUAGAACCAAAACCUUCAAAUCCCCAACCAAAUCCAACAAAACCCCAACCAACAAUAUCUAUCGCAAACCGUAUCUAACUCCGUCUUCAACCUCGCUUACUCCUCAAACCCCAGAAUCUCUCACUCCUCUUCGUAGAUCCGCUCGUCAUGUUUCCCGUAAAAUCGAUCUGGGUAUUGACCCAAUCGAUGUUCCUGGAAUCGAAUCGAUCGAAGACAUGAAUCUGAUUCGGAAACGAGAACGAGCGCCGCCGAAAAAACCAACGUUUGAUGACGUUGCAGAGAAAUCGAAGAAGCCUCAGGAUAUAAAAUCUCCGACGAAGAAGAAGAAGGUGGAUUCGGAAGUUCCGUUCACUCCUGUUUCCCCAAAUCGAACGGAGACAAGGAAAAAAUCUGAAGAGAUUAAGAAGAAGACGAAGAAGAGAAUAUUUUACAAUAAAGUUGAAUUCGACGAAACGGAGUUUGAAAUCGGCGAUGAUGUUUAUGUUAAGAGAAGAGAAGACGCGAGUUCAGAUGUUGAAGAUCCCGAGAUUGAAGAUUGUCGGAUUUGUUUCAAAUCAGGUAGUAACGUUAUGAUUGAGUGUGAUGAUUGUUUAGGUGGGUUUCAUUUGAAAUGCUUGAAACCACCAUUGAAGAAGGUUCCUGAAGGUGAUUGGAUCUGUCAAUUUUGUGAGGUUAAGAAGUCAGGUCAAAGUCAGACACUUGUGGUUCCUAAGCCACCGGAAGGGAAGAAACUGGCGAGGACUAUGAGGGAGAAGCUUCUUUCUAGUGAUUUAUGGGCUGCUCGGAUUGAGAAGUUGUGGAAAGAGGUUGAUGAUGGUGUGUAUUGGGUUAGAGCUCGUUGGUAUAUGAUUCCUGAAGAGACGGUUUCAGGGAGACAACCGCAUAAUCUGAAAAGAGAGCUUUAUUUGACUAAUGAUUUUGCUGAUAUUGAGAUGGAAUGUAUACUUAGGCAUUGUUUUGUGAAGUGUCCUAAGGAGUUUUCAAAGGCGAGCAAUGAUGGUGAUGAUGUGUUUUUGUGUGAGUAUGAGUAUGAUGUGCAUUGGCAUAGUUUCAAGCGUUUGGCUGAAUUGGCUGAUGGAGAUUCUGAUAGUGACCAAGAGUGGAAUGGUAGGAAAGAGGAGGAGAUUGAUGAUAGUGAUGAAGAGUUGGAAUUUGGAGAUGAAGAAAGUGUCCGUGGAGAUUCGAAGAGUAAGAGAGGUUUAAUGAGCGCAAGAGGAGGUGCGAAUUCUCGUAAAGGGCGUUUCUUUGGGCUUGAGAAGGUGGGAGCAAAGCAGAUUCCUGAACAUGUGAGAUGUCACAAGCAGACUGAGUUAGAAAAGGCGAAAGCUACUUUGUUGUUAGCUACACGUCCUAAGUCUCUUCCUUGCAGGAACAGAGAAAUGGAAGAGAUUACUGCAUUUAUUAAGGGUUCAAUCUCGGAUGAUCAGUGCUUAGGAAGAUGUAUGUACAUUCAUGGUGUUCCCGGGACUGGGAAGACUAUUAGUGUGCUAUCGGUGAUGAAAAAUCUGAAGGCUGAGGUUGAAGCUGGAAAUGUAAGUCCAUAUUGCUUUGUGGAGAUUAAUGGUCUCAAGCUGGCUUCACCUGAGAACAUUUACAGUGUUAUCUAUGAAGCAUUGAGUGGUCAUCGUAUCGGUUGGAAGAAAGCUCUUCACUCUCUGAAUGAGAGGUUUGCAGAAGGAAAAAAGAUUGGUAAAGAGGAUGACAAGCCUUGCAUACUUCUCAUCGAUGAACUGGACCUUCUAGUCACAAGAAAUCAGUCGGUUUUGUACAACAUUCUGGAUUGGCCUACCAAGCCUAACUCUAAAUUGAUUGUGUUAGGAAUAGCAAACACUAUGGAUCUUCCAGAGAAGUUGCUUCCUCGGAUUUCAAGCCGAAUGGGAAUACAGAGACUGUGUUUCGGUCCUUAUAACCACACCCAACUACAAGAAAUCAUUUCUACAAGGCUGAACGGAAUCAAUGCUUUCGAGAAGACAGCGAUUGAAUUCGCUUCUAGAAAAGUAGCUGCGAUUUCAGGAGAUGCAAGACGUGCACUUGAGAUAUGCAGGCGUGCUGCAGAACUGGCGGAUUACCGUCUAAAGACUAACACAACCACAAAGAAUCUGGUGAUUAUGUCAGAUGUUGAAGCAGCUAUUCAAGAGAUGUUUCAAGCACCUCAUAUUCAAGUUAUGAAGAGCGUUUCGAAACUGAGUAAGAUCUUCUUGACGGCCAUGGUUCAUGAGCUUUACAAAACAGGAAUGGCAGAGACAACCUUCGACAGAGUGGCAACCAUAGUAUCGUCUCUCUGCUUAACCAAUGGAGAAGCUUUUCCGGGUUGGGACAUUCUUCUCAAAAUCGGUUGUGAUCUAGGUGAAUGCAGGAUCAUUCUCUGUGAACCUGGAGAGAAGCAUAGGUUGCAGAAGCUGCAGCUGAAUUUUCCAAGUGAUGAUGUUGCUUUUGCAUUGAAAGACAACAAGGAUCUUCCAUGGUUGGCCAGUUACUUGUGAGUUGUUGUUUCUUUCUGUUUAUUGAAUCAUUGAACUUUCUUUAAAUUUAAAGACUAGUUUUGAUUUAUCUGAGAUAUGAUCAUGGACUUUGUCUGUUUCUGAAAUGUGUCAUCAUGUAUCCUUGUUUGUGAAAAAAAAACACAUACAAAAGUUGUAUUUUUUUCUAAAGAGAUUAUUUAUUUUUACAAA